UAGUAUGUAAGAAAAUUGUAAGUAGUCUACAUAAGCUUGACGAAUAAACAAUAAACAUAAUUAAAUCUGUUGUUCCUAAAGCUGCUGUUUCCCGGAGAGGUCCAGUUGUCGGAGCACCUGCCAAUGCUACGCGAGACUCAGUUAGGCUGGGUCGUCGGUGGCGUGUGCGAUGAAGAAGAAGAAACAGCAGCAGUGGUUCACUCGCACAUGGCCAUACUGGAAAACUUGAACCUGAAAGCAGGCGAAGCCAAGAUCAUCACAGAGAACUUGAAAGUCGACAAGGCGGUGUUCGCCUCCGACGGCAUCCCGCAAGCGUUCAAGGAAUCGCAGCUAAUCCAACUGUGCAAGACAGGUGGAUUCGAGUUGCACAAGGGAUCGUCGGACAGUCCGGAAGCCGAACGCGAGGAGCUGGUCAGCGUGGGAGGAACUGAAGUCAAGGAGGUGAUCAAGGCUCUGGAUCUGUUGUGGAACCCCACCGCAGACAAACAACCUUCCCGCCGCUGCCAUCUGUGCGAGCUGGGCGGCCAAAGACAUCGCAAGUGUUCUCACUCGUCGCGAGCUUCUCAUCCUUUGUGGAUUCAAACCUUGACCUCAAGAUGAUCCGAGAGCCGCGUAGGGUGGUGGCUACGAACGCAGCUGCUGACGAGCUGCACAAGUACGCUGACGCGUUGAAGCACACAUACGGAGCGUGCAGGUACGUAAAAUCGGUCAUCCCGGGGAGCUCCGCAGAACUGAAUUGGUGCCGAAGACGGUCAAAACAACUGCACGGAGUGAGCUGCUGGUCCCCUUUCUAUACCGGCUGGUCAAGAACGUUUUGAUGUCUUCCCGUGAACUGGGGGAGCGGUGCGGCCUCACCUGCAAGAAGAAGGUUAAAAAAGGGUGGACAGAGCAACACUGGAAGCUUGCCGCCAAGGCGGCCAGCCCAAGACUUGAGAUAAGAACGCACACUAACCUGGAUCUGGGCGACAUAGUCCGAGUCGCUGACUUGGUGACACGUCGCGAAGUUUUGAAGCGGCCGAUCCUGUACAACGCCGCUUCCGGUGGGGAGGAUGUUCGGGCCGAAAGCUGUCAGCCCGAAGAAAAUUUUACGAGUGAGCAGUGUCCAACCCCACGGCUACUGCGAUCGACGACAAAGCUGGCAACCGCGCGCCGUUGACGACGGUGCGAGAGCGAGAGAGGAGACAACGACGAAACGACAACGAUCGAGAGGAGAGAUUUUGGAGCGCGAACAGCAUAAACGAGAAUUUUCUGCGCGUUGAGUCGAGGACCAAACGAGUUGGUCGCAAGCAGCCAAAGUGAUCGGACGGAAGUCGUCGCUGCGGAUCGCGAGUUUUCGAAACAAACAAUUAAAUUUAAAACUAGCUACUAAAUAGAAGUUAAGGAGAGAAAAAAAAUGUGUUUUCUUUUGUACUCGCGAUAAUCCGAUCCUCCAAGUAAAGGUGGUUCCCAAGUCCGCCGGAAGAGUUUGUGCAAACAAUUACAGAAAUAUUAGUAAGAUGUAUAAAUCACUUAUAUAUUUUAAGAAUAAGCAAGAAGAUAAUACGAUUACGGUUUUCAGAUUUUCUGGAAGCAAAGAAGGAAAAAUAAUAAAUGACUUGAAACGUUAAAAGAAAACUUAAAAGGACAUCAAAAUUUACAAAGGUAUCUAAAACCUUCUGGAUGAAGUUAGAGUGAAAUAUUGAAGUUGAUCAUUAUUUUCGGUGCUUGUCUGGUAAGAUUUUUGUUGCUUGGGGUUCGAUAUAUAAAUUGCGUGUUCUCCCCGCAUGUGGGAGAUUCGGCCGAUGUCAUUUGUAUGGGGAGGGUAAACAUUUUGGGGAGGGCGAACGCUGAUUGGAUACAACAUCCUCACCAAAGUGUUCUAGAAGGAAACUAGAAGGAAACUUUAACAUGUUUGGUUUUCAAGUCAUUUUAGCGCAAAAUUAAUGACCUUAUCAAAAUUGGUCAAAAUUUUCCAAUAGUUUCAAAGGAAUUUUAUAAAACCAAAACCAAAAUGUGGUGUCCGAUCAUUGACAAAUUCUGCAAUAUUGCAAUAUGAAAACAAUACCUUAAAUUGGUAUGAUACCAGAUUUUGCUCCUGCCCCCACCCCCCUGCCCCCUAAAUAUGGGCCUGGCAUAACUGUCCUUGUCGUGAGAAGAAUCUGGCCCUUACCACCAUUUUUAAUAUAUAUACCUUGAAAACCGCCCUUUACACCCAGCUCGAAACAUACGUUGCCAGUCAGUUUCCACUAGACAGUCUGUACUCGAAUCCGGUACUUUAUUCAUGACUAAUUAUGUA